UCCACAUGCUCUCUCAGAGCUGCUUCUUUCUCGGUGAAAGUAGACAACUGAACUGUUCCGAUAUCCCGGCAGAGCCAAUGAACACAAGCGCUGCGUCGUGACGCAACAGGGCCCGUAGAUAAGGAGCGGAGGGUUCUACCGGGACCUUAAACGGAGGACCGGCGGGUUUGGGGGGUUCAGCGGACAGUCAGUGAGCGUAAAGCCAGCUCCUCCUCCUCCUCCUCUUCCUCCUCCUCCUCUGCUGCCGUUACGCACACGCAUCUUCAGGCAUGAGCCCAAACAAGAACUAAAACAGGCUGUACAACGGAAAGUGCUGCCCACAGAUUACCGACGGGACUUUAUCACGCAGAGGCCACGUGUUGUUUUUUUUUUUGUUUUUUGUUUUUUUUGUUGUUGUUGUUGUUUUGUUUUGUUUUUUGUUUUCAAUUACUAGUGUUUCUUUUUGUUUUUGUCUGUGGCUGGGGCAAGUAGUUUCCAUCAGCUGCUGUGAGAAUCAAGUUGGACUGUUGAUCCCGCAGGAGGAGAAUCCUUCCUCCCAACCUUUUUUUUUUUCUCUCAAUAGUUGUAUUUUUUGUGUGUGUUAUCUUGUAUAAGCUGCUGCCCAGAGUCACACAGAACAACCCGGAUGGUUGUGCCAGUGCCCCUCCACAGAGCCGACAUCCGAAAACAUUCCUCCCAUCAAGGAGGAGGCUGAGAGCCGUGCAACGGGAGCUUCCCUACUUGCGAGGAAAAGCCCGAAAACUGAGCGUCGCCACUGCGUUCCGGCGCAGGCUCUGCGCCUCUGAUGGACAUCUUGGCUUGCAGAUCCGAAGAGAACAGUUACAACAUCCUCCCCUCUGCGGCAACGAUGCUUUUUCAUGGCCUCCCCGGCGGCGAUGUGCACGGUGUGGUGGAGGAAAUGGAGCGGAGAGGAAAGGGCGAGUCGGCGGCCAUCAGCUCGGCCAUCGAUAUGGGCGAGUCAGAGACGGCCAUGCCCUGCGUGACCAGCGAGCGCGUGGCUCUGUGCGCGGGCUGCGGCAGGAAGAUCGCGGAUCGCUACUACCUGCUGGCCGUGGACAAGCAGUGGCACAUGCGCUGCCUCAAAUGCUGCGAGUGUAAACUCAACCUGGAGUCCGAGCUCACCUGCUUCAGCAAGGACGGAAGCAUCUACUGCAAGGAGGACUACUACAGAAGAUUUUCAGUGCAGAGGUGCGCGCGCUGCCACCUGGGCAUCUCUGCCUCGGAGAUGGUGAUGCGCGCGCGGGACCUUGUCUACCACCUGAACUGCUUCACGUGCACCACGUGCAGCAAGAUGCUGACCACCGGGGACCACUUCGGCAUGAAGGACAGCCUGGUGUACUGCCGCCUGCACUUUGAGACUCUCAUUCAGGGAGAAUACCAGACUCACUUUAACCACGCGGACGUUGUGGCGCACAAGGGCCUGGGCCCGGCCAACGCGCUGGGACUAUCCUACUUUAACGGCGUGGGCACGGUGCAGAAGGGCCGGCCCAGGAAGAGGAAGAGCCCGGGGCCUGGGGCCGAGCUGGCUGCAUACAACGCGGCUCUGAGCUGUAAUGAGAACGACGGUGAGUCCAUAGACCGGGACUCUCAGUACAGCUCCAGUCAGAAGACCAAGCGGAUGCGAACGUCCUUUAAGCAUCACCAGCUGCGAACCAUGAAGUCCUACUUCGCCAUUAACCACAAUCCGGACGCCAAGGACCUGAAGCAACUUGCCCAGAAGACGGGCCUCACCAAGCGGGUCUUACAGGUCUGGUUCCAAAACGCCCGGGCCAAGUUCAGGAGGAACCUGCUGCGGCAGGAAAGCACCGGGGUGGACAAAGCAUCCGACGGUUCCACGCUGCAGGGUGGGACGCCCUCAGGCCCCGCCUCUGAGAUCUCCAACGCCUCCAUGAGCCCCUCCAGCACCCCCACCACCCUCACAGACUUGACCAACCCCACCAUGCCUACUGUCACUUCUGUACUCACGUCGGUGCCGGGCGGUAUGGACGUCCACGAGUGCCGGAGCCCAUCACAGACAACGCUGACCAGCCUCUUCUGAUGGUCAGAGCACUAGCCCCUCACCCCUCAUCAUCACCACCUCUCCCUGCACACUCAGACUUUUUCCACAUCCUUAUUAUCCUUCUGGAUCUAAAAGUGAGCACUGUUAACACCUUAGAACUUUAAAAGACUUAGAACCAUGAAGGAAACAAAAGGACCCCAUUAGAGACUAUCUACAUAGUGAGGCGGCUGGGCCUCACUGAUGGAAUGGUUGUUGUUAUUUUGAUGUUGUCUUGUUGAGAACUGAGGAGAACCGAUUAAAAUUUUUCAAUAUUCACAAAGAGAGACUGCUGAGAAGAAAUGAUUUCAUUUUUUGGGGAAUUUGUUUUUCAGGACAGUAUUUAUGUUGUAAAAGAAUCACUGUUAGAAGGACUGUGAAAGGUCUUUUUUUUUUCAUUGUUUGGAAACCUGAGAUUAAAAUACAGUUUAAAAUAUUCUAUGACUGCCAUGUGCCUUUAACUCCAAUCAGCUCCACUUUUGCUGACUGAAGUCAGUCGAACCUGACUCUCUGUAGGAAAACUGGAUGAGUUAAAUGAGUUCUCUGUGUUUGUGGGCUUCCAGUUUUUUACGUGUCUCAAAAUAAAUGCAUCAAUAUUUCUCUCAUUUGAAGAAAAAUAUACGCUGGAGGGAAUUUUUGUUUAUGAAAUUAAUAUUUAUUCAGAAUUAAUUCCAUUUAAGAAUGAAACUAUAAUCUGAUUAAAGUGAACCAGAAACUAUUCAGAUCCUGUAGCUGAUAGAAGAAAUAUGAUGCAAAAUAACUAGUAACACUGAAACUGAAUAGGACUGUUGCUAGGUACAGUUGUUUGAACCGGAUCCAUAUUUACAGGUAUUACUUAUUUAACAGAAUCAAAGACACACAAAUUUUGAGAAUAUUCGCUUUUGGAACAUUAAACCUUUAUGUUAUUUGUUUUACUUCUUUUGCUGGUGAAGUACUUACUUUGUAGUGGUUGCUGUAAUUAAGACAAAAAAAAUAUCAUGCUUUUCUGGACCA